UGUUGUCUCCAUUUUAAAAAGUGUGUUAGCAAACGUCGUCUCUGUUUUUCGUUCUGCGUGUUGGUCUUGAACAGGGGAGAGAGAGCUGCAUUCCAGACGGCAUCGGAGAAACCAAGGGCGGAGGCAAUUGCAAGCGACCAGCGGCCAGCGACGGCGAAGAUUUUUGAAUCUAAACCGCCGUGGGGCGCCAGUGGGUUAAUGGAAUUGAACCUUAUUAGAUGCUCGCACGGCAGGAGUCUCUUCAGAGUCUUCAAGCCCUUCCCUCUUUCUCUGAAAACGAGUAUUUCCAAGCCCCACCACAUGCCAAUACAAAACGUUGGUGGAGGCUCAGUUAAUAGAGCUUAUGAUGCAUUGCUUUUGGAUGCUGGAGGAACGCUGCUGCAGUUGGCAAAGCCAGUUGAAGAGACUUACGCAUCCAUUGGCUCCAAAUAUGGUCUAACUAACACCCCUGCUGAGAUAAAGCAAGGAUUUAGGAGAGCGUUUUCUGGUCCGUGGCCUCAAAAGCUACGUUACAAGGGAGAUGGAAGGCCAUUUUGGAAACUUGUCGUUUCAGAAGCCACUGGUUGUUCUGAUGAUAGUUACUUUGAAGAAGUCUAUCAGUACUAUGCAAAUGGUGAUGCAUGGCAUCUUCCAGAUGGAGCUUGUGCAACCCUGGGUGUUUUGAAAGAUGCUGGAGUUAGGUUGGCUGUUGUAUCCAAUUUUGACACUCGGUUAAGGAAGCUGUUGAAGGAUCUAAAUGUUUUAGAUAUGUUUGACGCUGUUAUAAUAUCGGCAGAAGUUGGAUAUGAAAAGCCAGAUGGAAAAAUAUUUGAAGCUGCAUUAGAUCAACUUGGAGUCACGUCUGACAAAGCCGUGCAUGUUGGAGAUGACCAGAAGGCAGAUAAGGAGGGAGCAAACGCUGUUGGAAUAGCUUGCUGGCUAUGGGGAAGUGAUGUGACAACGUUCCGGGACGUUCAAAAUCAAAUCCUCAUCUGAGCCUCGAGCUUCUAAGCAGCCGAUGUAGUUCACUUCUCCCUGUGAAUGGGAUAUGAAUCUGGCAUGGAUUGUUCUCAACUCUUUUCCUUUCAGUUGGGGUCUUUGUUGUUCAUUGAUAGCCAAAACUCUGGUGGUUGCAUUAUAUUCUUUGAAAUAAUUUAGGUUGGAGUUAUCGAGGAUUCCACCUUUAAAAGAGUGAGGGACCUCACACUCUAUAUAAGAUAUAUGAGCUAUUCAUCUCAUUGUCAAUUAACUUUGAGAUGGAUCUCCAUAUUAUCAAAUAUGGUAUAAGCGCUCAUAAAGCCUAAAUGGGUAUUUGGUUUAAUUAAAAAAAAAAAAAAAAAAAAGAAAUUGAGAUUUGAUCCAGAAUAAUGGUGAAUCUAAAAGAGGUACCAAACAUGCCCCCAAAACUGGAGCAUUUGAUAUAUUUAGUUGAACAAAAUGACAACAAAUUUUAAUGUUUAGUUCACUCAUUAAA